GCCCAUAGCCAGAGAUAGAGAGGAAGGAGUGAGUGAGUGUGUGAGUGAGUAAGAAAGAACGAGGAAAAGAGGGAGUGUGUGUACAUGUAGCCGGAGAGGGAGAGAGGGAAAGAAGAGAGAGAUAAGUUAGGAGUUAAAGAAACCGAAUCGGUUUUUGGUGUGAGGGAAAAGCUAAAAAAAAAGGAGAAAGAAAUAAAGAAAGAAACAUCGGCCAGUUGAAUUGACCGGGGCGCCAAAGGAAGAGAAGAUUUUCCCAUAUAUUGUGUGUUUGGAGCUGUUAGAAUAAAAGAGGGACGCGGCGUUAUUAAGUCACACUGAUCUGAUGAUCAUGACGGCAGCUGUCGAUAUGAAACCGACGUUAACAAUCAUAAAGGCUGAAAAAAUGGACGAUCCGGAGUGCGGCGAUGUCCCCCUGUUAACUCCAGGAAGUAAAGAGAUGAUGUCGCAGGCUCUGAAGGCCACCUUCAGUGGCUUCACAAAGGAACAGCAGCGGCUGGGUAUUCCCAAAGAUCCCAGACAGUGGACAGAAAACCAUGUGGCUGAGUGGCUAACGUGGACAGUGAACGAGUUUAGUCUGAAAAACGUUGAAUUCAACAAAUUCUGCAUGAACGGAGCCAGCCUGUGUGCGAUGGGGAAGGAGCGCUUCUUGGACUUAGCACCUGACUUUGUUGGUGACAUCCUUUGGGAACAUUUAGAAAUGCUUCAAAAAGAGGAUACAAAGCAUUAUCCCAUCAAUGGACUGACCUCCAACUUCCAGGAAUCCCGUUAUACCUCAGACUACUUUGUCAGCUACGGUGUUGAGCAUGCUCAGUGUGUCCCUCCUUCUGAAUACUCAGAGCCCGGCUUCAUCACAGAGUCCUACCAGACGCUUCAUCCCAUCAGCUCAGAGGAAUUGCUGACGCUCAAGUAUGAGAGUGAAUACCCUGCUGUCAUCCUACGGGACACGCCCCUCAACCCGCUACAGGGGGACUACUUCUCUGUCAAGCAAGAGGUGGUAUCCCCUGACAACAUGUGUGUGGGACGCCUCAGCAGAGGUAAGCUCGGCGGCCAGGACUCCUUUGAGAGCAUUGAGAGCUUUGAGAGCUGUGACCGAUUGACCCAGUCGUGGAGCAGCCAGUCUUCAUUCAGCAGCCUGCAGCGGGUACCUUCGUAUGACAGCUUCGACUCGGAAGACUACCCAACCGCCCUGCACGGUCACAAGCCCAAGGGCACCUUCAAAGACUAUGUGAGGGAGCGCUCAGACCUCAGCAAGGAUAAACCCGUCAUCCCAGCAGCGGCUCUGGCAGGAUACACAGGCAGCGGCCCUAUCCAGCUGUGGCAGUUUCUUCUGGAGCUGCUGACCGACAAGUCUUGCCAGUCCUUCAUCAGCUGGACAGGCGACGGCUGGGAGUUCAAGCUCUCCGACCCAGAUGAGGUUGCCCGGAGGUGGGGCAAGAGGAAAAACAAGCCCAAAAUGAACUAUGAGAAGCUGAGCCGUGGCCUGCGCUACUACUACGACAAGAAUAUCAUCCACAAGACGUCGGGGAAACGCUACGUCUACCGCUUUGUCUGUGACUUAAAAAGCCUGCUGGGGUACACUCCUGAGGAGCUGCACGCAAUGUUGGACGUAAAGCCUGAUACGGACGAGUGAAAGUGAAGCUGAAACAGGAAGUGAGGACAAACGUUAAGGAGCCACAUGGACUGGGGCUCAUAAAGUGGUCUUAACUGUUUGAUAGCAUCGGUAAACCAUUUUUUCUUGGGGACCAAAAUGUUUUUAACGGCUAACUGUGGUCUUUGUCAACUUCGAGCUCCUGUCUCUCAGACCAUGUUUUCAAAAGAAGGCACAACCCAAAAGCCUGUAUUCAUACUCUGUUGCAGUUGAGAUGUGUGUGCGCGCAUGUGUGUGUGAGCGUGCGUAUGUGUGAUAUAUACCGGUAUUAUUUAGCAGCUCAAGGCAGAUGGAGCGCUAUCGGGUAGAGUUCGGGUUCCAUUCUGCCUAAAGUAGCACAGUGGGGAGACGAGCACAGCGGGGCGGAAAGUUCUCGCUAAGAAAAAUGGUUGCCAAAAUGUAAAAAAAAAAAAAAAAAUGAACUGAGGAAGGUUUAAUGUCAUUUUUUAGAUAUUAUGUUCACUGUUUCUCUUUGGCAAGGAGAGAGUUUUCAGCUUGGACCAAAAAGUGUUGUUUAUAAUUUGUUGUUUAAGAAGCAGAUGCUUGUGCCAGUAUUGUAUUAUUGAUGUUGAGAACACCCAAUGUAAACCUACCUAGCAGGCAUAUAUUGGAAAGAUUAUUUUUUCUUACGUUGUAAAUGAAGGUAUCACAGUGGAACCAAAUAUUAGAUACCAUCAGAAGUUUAACUGUUCCCUUCUCCAGGAGCGUUUAACUGAAAAUGUGCUGAUUCGUUAUCAGACAACACUAUAGACACUGGCCCUGUGCUCUUAUAGGGUGUGAGGACCUGGUGAUGAUGAUUACUCAUACCAGGAGCUGUCUGAUUGACAAGACAACUGAAAGUAGCCGUUGCGUUUGAAACUGACGCUUUCACCUUUACGUACAUGUUUGCCACCUUGUUCGAGACACAUAUUGUGACUGAAACUUAUGCAUUUUUGCAUAUACCACCAGUAUUAGCAAACUGUAGACAAUCUAUGUGGGGAAAAUCAGGAGUCUUUGGUAAGAAGCGUUGUUCAAUGUGCAGAUUAGAUGCAUAGUUUGUCGGUUCACUGUCCAUGUUAGCGUUGCUUUAGAAGUGUUUGAAUAGUCUAUGUGUCUGUCUGUACAAUAAAAUCACAGAUGGAGUAGUUGAGGGAGUGAUUUUACAAAAUCCUAAGAAUGUCAGAUUACUGUUUCUUUCGUUAUGCAGUACAUUUUGGCCAUAAGGAAGUGGCUGCAGAAUAGUGUGAAGGUACAGUGUAGGUAAAAGGGACAGGCAAUAGAAAAAUGUUGACUAGGGAGAAUUAGAGGCGGGAUAAAUGAAGAUGAAGGUGACUGAAAGAAAUGUGUGGAUCCCACAGAUGAUGAUCACUUGUGAGGAAGAGGACUGACAGAGAUGAUGCAAGUUGGCACUGCUUGGGGGUUUGCAUUAUGUGGGCUGUGCACUGUGCCACUGCCAUCAAGGUCGGAUGCAGUUUUCCGUGGAAACCCGAAUGCAUAUAAGAGACGUGUAGGACUAGUGACGAACAUUUGUAUUUCAUUUUUAGCUUUGUGUGCUACUUAUCUAUGAACAAAAUAACGUUCAGUUCAUAGUGAGUAACUCAUGUAAGAUUCCACCCGUAUUUGUGUAGUUUGCUCAAAAAUACUUGCUUAGACAUUCACUGGUUACAUUUGAGCAAAUUGGCAGCAGUUUCCUCCCAACAGUGGGAACAGUGGCUGUACACUGGCCUUAUGGGAAAUGCCAAAGUCAAAAAUCAUCUUAGAAUAUAAUGUUAUUGUUUACAGUGGCUGAAUGUUACCCAUAUGGAUGAAAAUAGCUUUUGAGAUGUCUAUUUGUACAGAUUGUAUUUCAUAAUGCUUUAUUGAGACCCAGAUUACACAAAUAAGCAAGAGACAAAGCAGGAAUAAUAACCAAAACCCAUGUGAGGUCUUUGGCCACAGUGCUCCAUGUAUCGUCCAUAGUGUUGGAAGACAGGGACCAGAAAUCUCUCGCGUUUUUUGGAAAGUGUUGACUUUUCUUUUAUCUUUUGUUAACUUGUUGGAAAGCACACAGCUUUAGGACAAAGAGAAACGCCUUCGCUGACCUGGGUUUCCCACUGAGUGCAGGAACGAGAUGCUGUAUAUGUUCAUAAUGUUUAAUUGGUAACAAACUUGUCCACCAUUGUCAAGCACUGACUCGCAAACCUUCACCCAACCGACACAAAGAAAAUCAACAAAUGAAUUAGUAAUAAGCUUCACUGUACCUUCAUUCUGUUCUGCAUGUCGGUGUCAAGGUUUCAAAACACUGUUUUCUGUUUUGUUCAGGUUUUUUUUUUUUUUUUUUACUGAUGUCAGUAUUUUAUGUUAAAGAGAGCUUUAAAUAUAUUUCUAAGGAUUGCUGAUGCCCCAACACAAGGUCAUAAUGUUUGUAUGGUUGACUUCAUGAGAUCAGUGUGCUCAAAGAAAACCUUCUGUUACUUAAAAUAUUCGUAUUUUUAAAAAUUAUUUUGUCAGGAAACAUACUGUUACAUACUGUUGUUAACUGUCACAGAUUACUGCAGGUCUUAUGUAUUAAUGAACCUUAGUCAGGCAAGUGUAUACACACCAAAAGAUUGUGGCAUAUGCAUAUCUCAGAAUGGAUUCAGAAGGAAAAACAUUUUUCUUUUGUUUUUGAUGUUGUUUUUUUGUAUAUUUUAUAGUGUCUCUGUAUUUUUUUUAUGAGAUCAUUUUUAUUGUAUUUAGUUCACAAACAUUUGAAUAUUUUUCAAUAAUUUAUAUUUUAUAAAAGACAAGAGAUGCAGACAGCUGGUGCUUUCAUGGGAAUUUAAAGGUAGCGCAGGACAAAAAAAUGUAGCGAUUUUAUUUUUUUUUGUUUUUUUUUUGUUUUUGUUUGUUUGUUUGUUUGUUUUUUUAAUCCUUUUUUAUAUAGAAAAUAGACCUGUCUGCUAGAGAAAAAAGGCUGAUGCUGGCCCAUCAAUGAUUUCUGCUGGAAAGGUUUUAUAAACUGUAGCUUCUAUUUCUAAAAUGUACUUAAUGUACUUCAAAAUGUUAUAAAAUAUAUGUGAACAAAGA